AUCAGGGCGUGGGGGAGGGUCCUGGCCGUGUGUCGGUUCCUGCGCGCCCCCUCCCCCCCCCCGCCGCCGCUGUCGGUGUCGGGCGCGCUCCGGGCAGCGCUCGGCGGGGCCGCCCCCGCCAUGUCGGUGAACAUGGAGGAGCUGCGGCACCAGGUGAUGAUCAACCAGUUCGUGCUGGCGGCCGGUUGCGCCGCCGACCAGGCCAAGCAGCUGCUGCAGGCGGCCCACUGGCAGUUCGAGACGGCCCUGAGCGCCUUCUUCCAGGAGACCAACAUUCCCAGCAGCCACCAUCCCCCCCAGAUGAUGUGCACCCCCAGCAACACGCCGGCCACGCCGCCUAACUUCCCGGACGCCUUGGCCAUGUUCUCCAAGCUGCGCACCUCCGAGAGCCUGCAGAGCAGCAACAGCCCCAUCACCUCCAUGGCCUGCUCCCCCCCGGGCAGCUUCAGCCCCUUCUGGGCCUCCUCGCCCCCCAGCCACCAGCCCGCCUGGCUGCCCCCUUCCUCGCCCACCACUCAUGGUCUCCACCACCACCUCCACCACCCGCAGCCAGCCUGGCCCCCAGCCCCACCACCUGCUGCCCCCCCACAGAAAGCCGUGGCCACCAUGGACGGCCAGAGAUAAGACUGGGUUGGCAAU